AUGCUUCUUCUUGCCACGGUUGGCAGAGAGGGGGCUGGUUCAGAUGGAGGGGCUUCCAUCCUGGACCUGCACUCUGGGGCUCUGUCGAUGAGGAAGCAGUUUGUCAACAUCUACAGGCCCUUUAGGGAGCAGAUAAUGGAUGUAUUCUCUGAAGAGGACGUCCGACUCAACAGGUUGGUGCGUGGUCGUAUCCAGGCAGUGGUAGCAACGACCUUUGACCUGGACCCACCUCUUCUGUACCUCACCGAGCCCACCUUCUUCUCACGCGUCAACAGCGCUCUGGCCAAGACACAGCAAGACGAGCACUGGCACCUUCACAUAGACAAGGGUGAGUAUCUUUUCCUUCGGGGUCAGAGAACCUUCACCACGUAGAGCAGGUCUCGUUGGGGAACGCUCUACGCCAUCACUGUCUGCUUCACCUGUGACCCCGCCCACACCAUCGCAGACCCUGCCCUUCCCAUCACCUCUGUGUGACAGUGUCACCUGUAGACCUGGAGGACUCCUACAACAGAGGGAGAGGAGGGCGGGAGGGG